GAAGGAUUUCUGCUAGGAGAGGUGAGACAGGAGGAGACCUUUAGCAUCAGUGAUUCACAGAUCAGCAACACAGAAUUUCUACAAGUGAUUGAAAUCCAUAACCAUGAGCCUUGUUCCAAACUCUUUAGCUUUUAUGACUAUGCAGGCAAGGUUAACGAGGAGAGUUUGGACAGGAUCCUUAAAGACCGAAGAAAAAACGUUAUUGGCUGGUACAGAUUUAGGAGAAACACUCAGCAGCAAAUGUCCUACAGAGAGCACAUCAUUCAUAAACAGCUGACACACAUCCUUGGAGUGCCUGAUCUUGUCUUCCUUCUCUUCAGCUUCAUUUCCACUGCAAAUAACUCAACCCAUGCUCUAGAAUACGUCCUGUUUAGACCAAACCGAAGGUAUAAUCAAAGGGUGUCACUCACUAUUCCUAAUCUAGGCAACACUAGUCAACAGGAAUACAAAGUGUCUUCAGUGCCAAAUACUUCUCAGAAUUAUGCCAAAGUCAUUAAGGAACAUGGUACUGAUUUUUUUGACAAAGACGGCGUGAUGAAGGAUAUCAGGGCUAUCUAUCAGGUUUAUAAUGCACUUCAGGAAAAAGUACAGGCAGUGUGUCUAGAUGUAGAAAAAAGUGAACGUGUUGUUGAAUCUUUUCAAGCUGAUGUGAACAAGUUAAAAAGGCAAAUUGCACAAAAGAAGAGUGAAAAAGAACAAGAAAUAAGAAUGCAGCAAGCAAUUUUAAGCAGGCAAAUGCCAACAGAAAACUUGGAGCCUCUGUUUGUGCCACGAAUGUCCUACAGUGGCUUUGCUGUGGAAGGCUGCACGCUUGAAGAUCCAGACGUCUCCGACCCACCCCCUCCCUAUUCCGACUUCAAUGCAAGCAGCCAAGAAAGAACUGUCAGCCUCCUGGAAAGCAACGUGUUCAUGCCUCGCCCUCAAGCAGUGGGCUCUUCCAGCUACGUUUCCACAAACACAGGAUUGAAAUAUUCUGGGAAUGGGGCAUCCCUUCCCUCUUCCCAAAGAGCAGUCGGUGACCACGCGGAUGAAUCGGAAGACAGCGAUUACGAGAAUUUGCUGGAACCCACAGAGUCCUCUGACAGUGAAUACUCCCAGACAAGGGAUUCAGGACCCUCAGCACAUCCUGACGGCCAUUCCAGGAACACUCAAACUUCUCAGAUUUGACAGGGUGAAAAAAAAAAACCAGAAAAAUCCACCUGAGACUGUUUUUUUUCCUGUUACAGAGAGAUUUUUGGGGAUUUUACCUGGAGGAAAUGAACUACACAGGAUGACUGUGCACACGAAAUGUAGAAGACUUGCACUAGAGGGUUUAAUUCACCUUGUGAUACAUUUUGCAAGUUUUAUAAUGGAAUCAUUAGGAUAAUCAAGUCGUACUAAUACCGUUGAGGUUCAUGGAUGUGCUGGUAAAUUUAGGCAAAAGGAAAUUUCUAGAGAUCUUGUAGCUUUUGUUGCCGUAUUUUCUUUAAGACAAUAAAUCGGGACGUAGUAACUAAGCACAGUUAGUCUACCAAUAAUGUUCUCAAAUCAAAACUUACCUCUUGCACUAUCAUGCCUUGAAUUUUAAUUAUUUUUUUUUUUUGGAAAGGGAAUAAAUCUAUCAGCAGCCUUCAAAACAGCUUUCUGUGGUGAGCCAAACUGGCCUUUGCAAGCAAAGAAAUGUUGGUA